AUGGCGGAGAAGGGCAUGGAGAAGGAGGCGGAGAAGGCGGCGAAGGUCGGCAAGGAGGUGAAGCCCGGCAAAAAGGUGCCCAAAUGGCUGACCGAGCUGGACGACUUGGGCCUGGUGGUCCCGGGCACCUACAGGGAUUUCAUCGACAUCGCAUUGGAGAAGGGGGCCCUAGACGAGGCCCGGACCUGGGCGGAGAAGGCGCGGGAGGAGGGGAACCCUUUGACGCCGGAGGAUCUGCAGAGCCUCAUCAACAAGGCGCUGACCAAGACCAAUGCGGAAGCCGCCAAGCUGUGGCUCGAAGAGGCGCUCAAGAUGGAGGAGCUCUCUACCCAGGACAAGAUGAAGACCACCUUCCUUGCAGUCUUCCUGGUGGCGCGGAAGCUGGGCUUCGGGGUGCUGCGGGAUCUGCUGGAGGAGGGCGGGGAGGAGCCCAGCCGCUGGCUCCGCAACAAGGCGCGGCUUCGCGUCUUCGCGGCGCGAAACUUCGCGGCGCGGGGCAAGCGCAAAGGGACCUCCGGGGCGGUGCCCUAG